AAGAAGAAGAAAGAAAGAAGUUGAUGUUGGAUUUUUGUUUGGUGUUGUUGCAGGAAACGUCCGAGUCGCCACACGGUGCUGGUGGUAGUGGUGUCGGUAUCGGUGUUAUCGGUGGUAAUUCGACGUGCGGUACCGGUGGCGGCGCCGGCGGUGGCAGUGGUCCAAGCUCUGCCCACGAGCCGCCACAACCACAGACGCCGCCGCCAAUGUUUCCGUGUGUGUAUUGUGGAGCGGCAUUCCCGCAUCAAAGCAAACUGACACGUCACAUACUAUCGCACUCACUGAAAACCCUAGAAUAUCGUGAACCCGCCACGCAUACCUUUCUCAAUACGCAUCUCUUGUCGCACGAACUAAAUAUGCCACCACUGCAGCAACAAUUUGCGUAUCAAAUGAAUGCUGCCGCUGCUAUGGCUAGCAGUAGUGAUCCUCAGGAACAGGCAGCUGUUUUGGCUGCAGCAACUGCUGCCAUUGAAAUGGACUUUGCAGCGGCUGUAGUUGCUGCGGGUGGUUGUGCUGCGCUUACCAGUAUGUCGGGCUGUGGUACUCGUGGUGGUUUAGAUCUCGAUGGUAGUGCUGGAGUUACCGGUGGUGGUGGUUCUCGUGCUGGCAGUGCUGGAGGAGGAGGCGGUAGCAGCAGUGGAAGUGGCGGUGUCGGCGGUAUUGGCUCAUCAGCUUCUGGUAAUGGUAGCUCUUGCAGUGGCUUGUUAUUAAGUGGCGCAGGCUCGUCAUCAACAUCAGCUGCAGCGGCGGCGGCAGCAGCAGCCGCUUCUAAAUCAUCGUCACUACUUGGCGCGUCUAGUGAUCCGAAUAGUGUUGUACUGUGUAAGUUCUGUGGUAAAAGCUUUCCCGAUGUUGCCUCACUUAUCACGCAUUUGACGAUACAUACAGGUGAACGGCCUUUUAAGUGUGAAUUUUGUGGCAAAGCAUUCAAAUUACGACAUCAUAUGAAGGAUCACUGUCGGGUGCAUACGGGAGAGAGACCCUUCCGAUGUCAUAUGUGCGGCAAAACUUUUUCGAGAUCAACAAUACUGAAAGCGCACGAAAAAACUCAUUUUCCGAAAUAUGUGCGAAAAUUUCUCUCACCAAGUCCGGUCGACACAAACGAUGAGUUACCGCAAUAGUGAACAGAUUUUAGUUUAUUAUUAAAUUAUUAUUAUUACUAUUAUUAUUAUAAUAACUACAACAACAAUAUACAGGAGAAUAAUAAUAUUAAUUACUAUAAUUGAUAAUAAAGAAUAAAUUUUUAAAGGGAACUAAUAGAGAGAAAACGAUUAAGAAAACAACAUCAAACAUUGUCUGAACUAUACAUAUUAUAGAUAUACAUAGGCAGUAACAAGACCUUAU